AUGUUGCUCCUGCUACCCCUUCUAUUCCAACUCGUCGCAGCACAGGAGCUGAUGCGGUUCGGCUGCUCCCAGCUCACUAUCGACCAAAUUGACCCUCUAGUCGAGCCCGGCAAUGUUCCCUCGGCUCAUAUGCAUCAAAUUGUGGGAGGCAACUCGUUCAACGCAAGCAUGACCCCCGCGCAGCUCGACCCGCCCACGGCUGCGACCUGCACGAGCUGCACUUAUUCUGAGGACUUCUCCAAUUACUGGACCGCAAACGUGUAUUUCAAGGCCCGCAACGGGACUUUCAAGCGGGUCCCGCAGGUCGUCAAUCUCGGUCUCGGUGUCAAAGCCGGCAUGACCAUCUACUACAUCCGAGGAUACCAGGCCAGUGCCAAGGUUACUGCUUUCCCCAAGGGCUUCCGCAUGCUCGUCGGAGACCCCAUGAACCGCGUCGCCGGCAAAGUUCCGAAAGGCCUCUGCUGGCGCUGUGAGGCCAACAUGCAACAGAACCCCUUUGGUGGUGCCCCUUGCACAGGGUCCGACACACCUGGCUUCCCCCAGCAGGCUUGCAACGGCGGCUGGCGCAUGACAGUAACCUUCCCAUCAUGCUGGGAUGGAAAGAAUACGGAUAGUCCUGAUCACCGAAGCCACGUUGCCUAUCCUGCAUCCGGCACUUUCGAAUCAGGUGGUGCCUGCCCGUCCACCCAUCCCGUCAAAAUUCCGCAAGUCAUGUACGAGGGCAUCUUUGACACUCGACAGUAUAACAACAAGGCAGACUGGCCCACUGAUGGCACUCAGCCCUUCUACUUGAGCAUGGGUGAUAACACUGGCCAUGGUAUCCAUGGAGACUACCUCUUUGGCUGGAAAGAUGACGCUCUCCAGAAGGCUAUGGAUACAAAGUGCGCUGGCGAUAACUGUGCUGCACUCAAGAGACAGAGUGAUGCGCAAGCCAUUGCUUGUACAAAGGCCCAGGCGUCCAAAUAUGAUAUUGGAGACACUCAGUGGCUCAAAACGCUACCUGGAGCCACUAUGUAG